CACUGACAUCAACAACGAUCUCUCUGCAGCCCUUCUCCCCGGAAUCCUCACUAUAAUCAGUUCAAUUUUGAUGAAUAUUUGUCAUGCUCAAAGAGUCCUAGCCCUGUCUGCGUGGGCGAUCAUGCUUUGCCGUUACUUCUUAUAUGAAAAUAGUAUCUCUACUGAAAUUUGGCCCCUAACUGUGGGUGGGAUUUCUCGUAAUAGCGUGAUCAGUAUGCUGCCUGCACAACGGAGAUCGCGAUGUACUCGAGCAUCCAAGUUCUCGUUAUGCUAAUCGUUUUACCUAGGCUUGCUAGGGAAGGUUCGAGGCUCUCAAAUUACAUUGGAUCGAUCCAGAAUUCCUCAGCAUCGGUAUAUAUCCCUUACGCCACAGCAGAGAUGGUUCUGCAUGCUUUAGCGAACACUGUCAGAAUCGAGGGUAGCAGCCAGAUUCUGUGGAUAUGCUACUCUAGGAAAGAUGUCAUAGUUACCUUGAUAUUCCUGAAGAUGUAUAGCCCGAAGAGCAUUGUAGUUCUUGUAAUUCUAUGACGUCUCACUUUUUGUGGCGUAGUAUAUCGUCC